AUGGGAAGCUUGCAAUUCAUCGCGGACGAGGUCGGACUCAAGACGUUGGUCAACGGUGGCCUAGACGUCUACCUCAUCAUCUUCAUGAGAAUGGUGAGGUUAUUGAGUUUCGGUGCUACCUCCUUGAUUUUGGUCAUCUUUCUUAAAGAACUCGGUAUUGAUGAAGCCACCAUCGGCUACUUCAUGACUUUAGCGUUCUUUGGUGACUUGAUUAAGUCCUUCUUGUUUUCAUUGAUUGCGGAUGGGUUGGGCAGAAAGUUCACCUUGAUCUUGAGUUCCGCUCUUAUGGCCCUCACCUGCUUCGGUAUCGCCUACUUUGACAACUUCUAUGUUUUGGCUGUUGUCGCUGCCUUGGGUAUCUUGACUCCUGGAGGCGGUGAGGUUGGCCCUUUCAGAUCCAUUGAACAGAGUGCCAUCGCCUCUUUGGUGCCUCACGAUGAGAGAUCUGACAUUUACGCUUGGUACACUUUCUUGGGAACCUUCUCAUCUGCCUUAGGCUCUUUUGUGUGUGGCUCCUUCGUCGACUUGUUGCAAGACCAAUGGCACUUGACUGCUUUGCAGGCUUACAAGGGCGCUUUCACUGCCUUUGGUGUCUUGUCUGUCAUUUGCCUCUUGUCGUGUCUCUUCUUGACACCAAGAAUGGAGGUGACCCACAAGCCAAAGCCAUCAGUUGAACAGGCUGCUGGCGAGGCUGCUGCCUCCUCUGCUGAAACACAGGAUGGCCCUGUGGAGUCCAAUGAGACCCUGGAGUUGAUUCCAAAGAAGAAACCAAAAUGGAGACUCUUCCCCGAGUUGAGCAAAGACAUUGUAUCCAUCGUUCUCAAAUUGUCCUUCCUUUUUGGACUUGACGCUUUCGCUUCCUCCUUGGUGCAAGGUUCGUGGCUCACUUACUAUAUCAAACAUAAGUUCGAUGUUAGCUCCACUACGCUCGGUACUAUCUUUUUCAUUACAUUUUUCAUCGCUGGCUUUGCAUCUCUCUUGAGUACCUCUUUCACCAAGAGAUUGGGUCCAGUCGUCACCAUGGUGGUCACUCACUUGCCAGCCUCGGCUAUGUUGAUUUUGCUUCCUAUUCCAAAAUCCUUGUCAAUCACUUUGGCCAUCAUGUUAAUUCGUGCCUCCACUCAGUCCAUGGAUGUUGCUCCAAAGCACGUUUUCCUUGCCACCUUGGUGCCUGCUGACUACAGAACUGCCGUGUUCGGCUGGACUAACAUUGUUAAGACAAUGGCACAGAUGUUCGGUCCUUCAAUCGCGGGUUACUUGACCGGCGAGGGUGUUCAAUGGAUCACAUUCAUCAUGGCUGGUUCCUUGAAGGUGCUCUACGAUGUCGGUAUUUUGGCCACUUUCUUAAAAGAUAGCUUGAAUGAAGCCUUGAAACAGCUCAAGUCCGUGGAGAACUAUAAUGAGUGGAAAGCCAUCGUGACCGAGAUAGACAGACUCACGAACAUGGACAUCUGGCGCCAGAACUUUAUAUCCAAGCACUACGACUAUAUGCUCGUGAAUGAAAGGAUGUCGUUGCUUCGUGAAGCUAGGCUUAACGAGGAUGCAUCCCUUUUGAUGUCGUUACUUCGUUCCGGGCUUCUCCGCAAUUUUGGUGGUAUUGCCCAGAAGAGGCUCUACACGAAAGCCUACUUGGGCACCAAGUUCAAGAUCCAAGAGUAUAUUAUUGAAGUACUCGACUGCCUUAACUACCUCAAUGACUCCAUCCAUGCUGAGCGUGCUAGUAACGACUACAUCAUGAACAGCAAGCAGCUCAAGCUCGAUUUCUUCCAUGACGCAAGGCAGUCCUUUGGAUGCACCGGUUUGAUUUUACAAGGUGGCUCCCUCUUCGGCUUGUGUCACCUUGGCGUUGUUCGUGCAUUGUACUUCAAAGGUUUGCUUCCUCGAGUUAUCGGCGGGAGUGCUGUUGGAGCCGCGGUAGCAGCCUUAGUGUGCUCUCUCACUGAUGUGGAACUUAUACCGAUUUUGGUGUCCAUCACCGAUGUUAUGGGCAAUGUUGAUACCUUGAACCAUGAUGUUGAUGAGAGAUACGGCAACGUUAUUGAGAAUGUUGUCCGUAAGGGGUACUCCCAGGAUAUCCUUGUCUUCCUCAAGUUUGUCAGAGACACCAUAGGUGACUUGACGUUCGAGGAGGCUUACUUAAAGACGGAAAAGAUCCUCAAUAUUGUGGUGCACCCAACUCAUCCAUCCAUUCCUUCGUUACUCAAUUACAUCACUGCCCCUAACGUUAUCAUAUGGACAGCUAUCUACGCAUCCAUCGGCACAGGCGUUCUUUCGGAUAGCGUGCAGCUCUACGUCAAAGAUCUUAAAAAUGAGAUUGUUCCUAUGGCUCCAGAGUUAGAUAUCUCGUUCUUGAAACCACAGGAUGUCAGCUACCAACAGCACUAUUUUGGUCACAAGAAGAAAGAUCUGGAAACGAGUUUGUUCUCUGCACCAGCAGAAAGUUCACCCUAUACCAGACUCACGGAGCUUUUUAACGUGAACCAUUUCAUCACCAGUUUGGUAAGGCCUUACCUUGCACCCCUCAUAAGCAACGACCUCAAGCAUCAUAAUGCCUACGGAAAACUUCGCUUCAGCGACGACGCUCUUAAUAUAUUCUGGAAUGACGAUACGAAAAAGCUUGAGAAACCCAAAUCGUCGGCUUCACACAUUGAUGUUCUUACAAAGGAUUCAUCCUACAAUUUCCGAAAGCACCUCAAGAAUGUUAUUGGGCUCGAAAUCCAGCAUAGACUUGACGUCAUGAACAAGUUGGGACUCUUGCCGGAGAUCGUUAAGCGACUUUGCAUCGAUGAGAAGCCUUCAACUGCUAAAUUUUCAACUAAUUCAAGAGAGAUCACCAUUGUUCCUGAGUUGAGAUAUUUGCUUCGUGACAUUGGUCGUGUUUUUGAUGUCCACAAAACAAUGGAGAAUAUACCCUAUUGGAUUCUUGUGGGUGAGCGGUCGGUGCUCAAUCGAAUUUGCAUUGGAUGA